AUGGAGCCUCAAACCCCUGCGAAUCCGCCGGAGCGCCCGUGCCCGCUCCCGCUGCAGCUUCUCCAGCGCCACACGCAGCUGCUGGCUGCGCAGCAGCUGCGUCAGGCGCAGGCCUCGCCUGCGGCCGAGGCGUCUCCGCAGCCGCGCGAUGAGAAGGACGCCGUGCCGGUCGUUCCGGCGGCGCUUCCGAUUGCGCUCUUCCCUCCGCCGCUCCGUCCGUUGACUCCCGAGCAGCUGCAACGCCAGCAGCUUCUUCAGCAGCAUCUCCGGCAGCGACAGCUGCAACAUCUUCAGCUCUUUCAAGCCGGCCUGCAGAACGCCGCGCAAGACCCCGCCGCGCCACAGCGCGCCGCCGACCUGCUGCAGAAGGAACUGGAGCGACAGCGGCGGGCCUCGCCGCCCCUGCACGGGCCUGCGAGGCUCCUCCAGCUGCACCUCCAGCAGCGUUUGCUGCUCCAGGCGGCCGCUCGGCACCGAGCCGCGGCGGCUGGCGAGGCGCCGCUGCGUCCUCCACCGGCCGUCGCAGCCGCAGCCGCCGCAGCUGUGCGCAGGGGAGCUCUGCAGCUGUUGCUGAUGCCCCGGCCGGCGGCGAACCUCGGACAGAGCAAACCUCCCGGUCCGGUCGCCAUCCCCGAGGGGUCAAACUCCGAGCGAGCGGAGACCGCGGGCGGCGCCAGCAACAAGUCGGUGGCCUCCGCGGAAGCGUUGCCAAAAGCGCCAGGGCCCGUCUUUGCACGCGUCCCUUCUGUCGCGCCGCUGCUGGCCGCCAGCUCCCUCUGGGCUCUUCGCCCGCCGUCCAUUCGGCCCGCGCCAAACGGCGUGCCGGGCGGCGAACGCCCAAAGGCGAGUCCAAAUCAGAGCUGCACUGUGAGCGGAAACGGGAGUCGUCCUUGCAGAGAAACACAGGCGCCUGCCACAGCCCCUGGGGUCCAGAGCCGAAGCGCGAGCGGCCGUCCAGAGCAGCCAGGGAGCAAAGCGGCAAGCGGCGGGAGCAGUGUAAAGAAGGAGCACGGACACAAAGGAGAAGGCGAAGCCGGAGAGAAACGCGCAGCCGACGCAGCGGGGCCACCAGCGGCGCCGAGCGUGUGCACUGGGGGCGGGGACAGUUGGAGCGACGAGAACAAUUGGGCAGGAGCGAUUGGAGGGGAAGGCGCGAGAAAGAAAGCUGGCGAGGCGGUUCAAGACGCAGCGCCACUACAGGGCUCGCCGCCGAAAAAGGGUAACGGAAAGAAGAGAGACGAGGAGGAGGACGAGUCGUCCGGGAGCGGCGAGGAAGACGUCUACCGCUACCACGAAGACGAGCAUGCAUCCGACGCUGUGAAGCGGAGACACACACUAGAGAUGCCCAUCGGAUGGGGAGUGAGGAAGCCGGUCGCCGAGGCGACCGGGAAUGGUGGCGCGUUCAAGAAGACCGUUUGGGUCAACGAGAUUGUGGGCGGCAUCCGUCGGCAGGUUUACCAGCUGGAGAAGACAAAGGAAUGGUGUGUGCAGUUCUUCAGGUCUUCAGGCUCUGAUACGCGCACUGUGACGCGAAAGUUUCCUGAAGAUGGCGUGAACAGGUUCCGGGCCAUUGCUGCGGCCUACAAUCUCAUGCCGUGGGACUGUACAGGCACAGAUUACCGGCGACCGCAGGGGCGUCCGCUCAAACGCCGUGUCUUUACCGCGGCCGACUUUGAAGAGGGAACCGCCUGGUACCACUAUCCCCCUUCUCUUUCUCGGCACCCGUACCCGCUGACUGCGCCGCCUGGCUCCGCCGUUCCCGCUGCGCCGGGUCGCCCCCGUCGCCGAGCGGAGGCUCCUCUGUUGCAACCUCUGGACCUAGCAGGGGAUACUCCCCACGGUUCUCCUCUCGGAUCCCCCUCGUGCAGCUUCAAACUGCAAACUCCUCCCGACGCGCUGCUCGCCGAAUUGCCGGUUGCGCGGGGCGCUGGCAGACUCACGGGUACAAGCCUGGCUAAUGCGCGUUCCGCGAGCUCGAGGACACCCUUGACGGUCGCCUGUGACGCUUCGUGUGCGGCGUCGCACCGAGUCUCUGUUACAGGGAGCGCUGCCUCGGCGUCGGCCGCCGCUGGCCGAGCCUCUCCUCGGCUGUCACCGUGGCUGCUGGAUGCUGCGGCGUCGGUUGCCGCUGCAGCCUUUCGGCUGCACGGCGGAGCGCGAAAGCGAAGGCGAGGUGACGACUCUGAUCGGGCAGACGAGAGUGCAAGCAGCGAUCCCCCGGACGGGUCUGAGGCCGACGCGUCAGGCGACUCGUGUUCGAGGCAGGAACCUCUCGGCGCUGCCCCGCAGCCGCCGCUUGGCGGGCGAGGGCGUCAAAAAACAAGGCGAGACGACCCGCGGGACGGGGCUCUUUUCGGCUGGGUUUGUGGGCAAAGCGCCGGAGAUAUGGACGACGGCGAAACUGGACUGCUGCGGCAACUCAUCCUCGACCAGGUGGAGGAGGAACCCCCCGAGUGUAUGGCCACGUGGAGCAAGGCACUCCUACCGUGGCCGUUGGCUUCGCCUCUGUCGACUGCUCCGGCCCCGUACUCCAAGUCCACAGACCCCUCCUCGGCCUCGCAAGCACGAGCUUCGUCUUUUGCCCUUCCUUCCCGAUACGACGAGAGAGACGGGGAGUGUUUCCAUCGGGAGUCCGGCAGGGAUGCGGAUUCCAGUCGCGUCUUGCCCACAAACGAUACGGAUCAGAGCACGGCAGAGGAGAUGCGGCCACCUGCGAGAACGAGGUGCCGCGAGGUGCUGCCUCCAGAGAAAGAUCCCUGGGAGCGGGACGCGCCACACAUGGCAUUGCCUCCUGCGCCCUGUUCGUCGCUGAGUAGGUUGUUUUGUCAUUUUUGUUGUGCACCGGAUCGACGCGAAGCUCUUGGAAGGAGUGCGUUUGCCAAAGUCGUCGAGGUGGUUUUCCCGAAUGCACUGGAAACAAGCCUUCGGCCAUCGACGAGUUCCACGCAGCAUGCAGGCCACCCGCGUACAGAGAUGGAUACGACCGCAGACCUGUGCCAUAAGCUUGCAAAGCGUGAACAAACUCUCGAAAACUACGUCCUCAUAAGCCGUAUUUUGAGGGCACUCGCGAAGAAGGAGAACGACUCUUUUUUCCGGCGUUUGCACAGCAUGUUCCAGGCUCACGUCGCUACCUGCACAAGCAGCGGCCGUGUACCCUCAGACACCGUUUCCUCGGGCAACAGACCGAGACCGUUGACAAGCGCAGGUCUGUCUGAGUCUUGUCCUAGCGCCAGCUUACCUCUUGACGGGGAAGCGAAUCGCCUCAGCGUCGACGAUCCGCUGGCCUGCGUGCCUGAGGAUCAGGCAAAGGUGGAGGGCGGGGCAAAAAACCCACAGAACGGGCAAACGUCUCGAAGUGCAUCUGGCGGCUCCGACGCGGAUACUGUACGGCUAAAAAAGCGGGAAGCAACUCAAUGUCAAUCGGGUUCGGACGCGACUGCUGCAGUGUCAAGAAAAGCUCCCUCGGAAUGUUACUCUGCAUAUGAGGGGCGGCGGGAUUGGAAUAAGAGUGGCGCAGAGGAAACCCUCUAUGCUUGUGAAUGCCUCAGCGAGGAGCCUGUUUUGUUACAAAAGGCGGGGAAGUUCUCGGGAACACCGGGAGAUGUUCUAGACAGCAAAGAGAGGGACGGGAACGCUACAACUGGAGGGAGUGCAAUGAACACGGGCGGUGGCUGUCAUACGAAUGGAAACGACAGCCGGCCAAGACUCCGAGAGCCUACAGUGACGGAGGUACUUCGCGUCUUGGGUUGGAUACUCGAUAUUGACGAAGACCGAGAGGGAAUGCGGUAG